CUGAAACACAUAGAGGUGCCCAAUGAUGAUGUAUGUACCCCCUCCCCCACUGAAGGAGCUGUCCCAGGACUCGUUCACUUCACAGUCCAGCACACCGACCAACAGCCAGGCCAUGGCAUCGAGCAAGAGUGGCCCAGAGGACGGGCUGCCUGGACGGCCCUCCAGCCUUCCGGACCUGUCUGGCUCCAUUGACGACCUACCCACGGGUGCCGAGGGGGCCCUGAGCCCUGGCGUCAGCACCUCGGGGGUGUCCAGCAGCCAGGGCGAGCAGAGCAACCCGGCCCAAUCUCCCUUCUCCCCCCACACCUCCCCCCACCUGCCCGGAAUCCGGGGGCCCUCGCCAUCUCCUGUGGGCUCCCCUGCCAGCACCACUCCGUCCCGGUCCGGCCCGCUGUCCCCAGCUGCUGUGCCAGGGAACCAGAUGCCCCCACGUCCUCCAAGUGUUCAGUCAGAUGGAAUCCUGCAUCCCUCCAUGAACCAGUCGACCAUGGGCCAGGACAGAGUGUUCAUGAGGAACCCACAGAUGGCUCCAUAUGGCUCCCCCCAGCCUGGCUCUGCCUUAUCGCCCCGUCAGUCCUCGGGCGCACAGAUGCAUGCUGGGAUGGGACCUUACCAACAGAACAGCUACGGGCCUCAGGGUGCCCAGUAUGGGCCGCAAGCAUACCGGCAGACUGGCUAUGGUGGCAUGCCCAACUCUAACUACCAGGGCCCUGGCAUGGCGGCUGGCUCCAUGAGCCCCAUGCCGGGGCCGGGAGGAGGGCCUCCAUAUGCUGGCAUGCCCCCGGGAAGGAUGGCUCCGGGACAGAUGGGGGCCCGUCCCUAUGGCCCCAACAUGGGUCCCAGCAUGGGUCCCAGCAUGGGUCCCAACAUGGGUCCUAGCAUGGGCCCCAACAUGGGCAGCAUGCCUUCCCAAGUGGGCUCAGGGAUGUGUCCUCCCCCCGGCAAUCUGAACAGGAAGCCUCCGGAAGCUGCGGGCAUGCAGCACACCAACACCAACUCCAUACACAGCAGACCACCAGGCUACCCCAACAUGCCUCAGGGCGUGAUGAGUGCUGGUUCCCCUUAUGCACCUGCGAUGAACAGCAUGCCAGCCAUGAUGAACCCGCAGGGCGGCCCCUACCCCAUGGGCGGCAACAUGGCUGCCAAUGCUGCUGGCAUGGCUCCCAGCCCAGAGUUUGGGAUGGAUGUCAAACUGAACCCAGCUCAGAAGAUGAACAGCAAAGCGGAUGGGACCCCAAAAAGUGACUCGAAGAAGAAAUCGAGCUCUUCCACGACCACCAAUGAGAAAAUCACUCGCUUGUAUGAGCUGGGUCCUGAACCGGAGCGCAAGGUGUGGGUGGAUCGGUACUUGGCAUUCACUGAGGAGAAGGCCAUGGGCAUGAACAACCUGCCUGCCGUUGGCCGCAAGCCACUUGACCUGUUCCGCCUCUAUAUCUCUGUCAAGGAGAUUGGUGGCCUCACACAGGUCAAUAAGAACAAGAAGUGGCGGGAGCUGGCCACCAACCUGAACGUGGGCACGUCCAGCAGCGCCGCCAGCUCACUGAAGAAGCAGUACAUCCAGUGUCUGUACGCCUUCGAGUGCAAGGUGGAGCGUGGCGAGGACCCGCCGCCAGACAUCUUCACUACGGACGCCAAAAAGAACCAGGCCAAGAUCCAGCCCCCCUCCCCCGCCGGAUCCGGUUCACUGCAGGGUCCUCAGACCCCACAGUCCACCAGCAGCUCCAUGGCCGAAGGGGGAGACCUCAAACCCCCCACUCCCGCCUCCACCCCACACAGUCAGAUAGCCCCCAUGCCUGGAGUCAGGAGCACGCCAGUGAACCUUCAAGACCCCUUUGCAGAUGGCGGAGACCCUGCUUUUUCAAGACGGAACUCCAUGACCCCCAACUCGGGCUACCAGCCUGGCAUGGGCACCCCAGACAUGAUGGGUCGCAUGGGCCCCUACGAGCCCAACAAGGACCCCUUUGGUGCUAUGCGCAAAGCUGGGGAGCAGUUCAUGGGCUCUGGGCAGGGCCCCAGCGGCAGCAUGGGCGAGCAGUAUGGCCGGGGGCCUCCGGGGGCCAUGGGCGGCAUGCCGAUGAACCAGAGACAACAGUACCCCUAUGGUCCCGGCUACGAUCGCAGUAGACAGGACCCUGGGAUUGGCCCCGAUGGCCCCAUUGGACCCAUUGGACCGGGAGCACCACAGCCAAACAUGAUGCCCUCCAACGCCGAGGCGGGCAUGUACUCCCCAAGCCGCUGCCCCCCGCAGCAGCAGAGGUCAGUGAUGGCUGCCACUCUACAGUCAGGAGGCUCAUGUGAACUAUGCCCGUGUCUGGCACGUUUGUUAAGCAAAGUUGUUGCCUUCCCUUGCAGGCAUGAUUCCUAUGGUAAUCAGUAUCCUAGCCAAGGACCACCCCCUGGUGGCUCUUACCCCAACCAGCAGCAGGGAAUGUAUCCACAGCAGCAGCAGCCGGGCUACAAGCGGCCGGUGGAUGGUGGCUAUGGCCCGCCAGCCAAGCGGCACGACGGCGACAUGUACAGCACUCCCUUCAGCGGUCAGCAGCAGGGUCCACAGGCGCCAGCCCCAUCCACUCAGCCUGACAUGUACAACCAGUAUAACUCGUACCCAGGCUCAGAGCGCCGGCCCUCCGGCCCACAGGCCCAGUUCCCCUUCCCGUUUGGCCGGGACCGGGUACAGCCCAGUGCUGGGCCCAACUCCCAGCCUCCCAUGCCACCGCAGAUGAUGGGCAGCCCCAUGCCCUCUGCCCCAGAUGGCCCUCAGGGGGCAAUGUGGCAGGGUCGUGGCGAGAUGGGCUACCCCGGCUUCCCCAACCGCCAAGGUCCUACUGUCCCUGGGCCGGGACCUGGCUACCAUGGCCUGAACCGCUCCGAGGAGAUGAUGCCCUCUGAUCAGCGGGUGAACCACGAGGCUCAGUGGCCCAGCCAUGGUGGCCAGCGGCCAGCCCCGUAUGGCCCCCCCAUGACCCGGCCCAUGCAGCCCAGCUACCCUCCAGCGCAGCCCAUGCAGAACCACAUUCCACAGGUGUCCAGUCCCACUCCCAUGCCCCGCUCUGUGGAGAGCAGGACCUCCCCGAGCAAGUCCCCCUACAUGCACUCAGGCAUUAAGAUGCAAAAGGCUGGUCCUCCGGUCCCAGCCUCACAUCUCUCCCAGGCAGCGGGGCCUCCCCCCCUCAUUCGCCGUGAUGUCUCUUUCCCUUCUGGCUCAGUGGAGGCCACUCAGCCUGUCCUCAAGCCUCGCCGGCGUCUCACCGUGAAGGACAUCGGGACCCCAGAGGCAUGGAGAAUCAUGAUGUCACUGAAAUCUGGCUUGCUAGCUGAGAGUACCUGGGCCUUGGACACCAUCAACAUCCUCCUGUAUGAUGACAGCAGCAUUGCUACCUUUAAUCUCAGCCAGCUCCCCGGUUUCCUGGAGCUGGUAGUGGAGUACUUCCGACGCUGCCUCAUCGAGAUUUUUGACAUCCUGAGAGAGUACGAGGUGGGUGAUCCUGGGCAGCGCACCCUCCUGGACCCUGAUGCCCUGGACCACGAGGGCUCCGAGGAGGAUGUGACUGAGGAGCUGGAGCUGGGCAACCUGGAGGACGAGGGUGAAGAAGAUGAGGAGGAGGAGGAGGAGAAGGAUGACGAGGAAGCUGGGAGGCAGCAGCCGGGGGAGGUCAAGCAGGAGAAAGAUGAGAGGUUGCAGGGUGAGGAGGCCAUGGAGGAAGGGUCUUCUGCAAAGGAGCCUGGUUCAACGGCGUCUUCCUUAGGACCUUCCAGUCCUCAGGAGAAGCCAAAGCAAGCAAGCAAAUUUGACAAGUUUCCUAUCAAGUUGGUACGCAAGAAGAAUCCCUUUAUGGUGGCACGGUCUGGCAAGCUGGGCCGAUGCCAGCAGUUCAACAGUGGGCUGCUGCACUGGAGCGCGGGCGGUGGCGACACCACAGCGCAUAUCCAGACCCACUUCGAGAGCCGUGGUGACCUACUGCACUCCUCCAGGCGGCCCCCCACCCCCACAGUGGCCAAGAAGAAACCCCCUGUGGCAGAAGCCGCAAUGGAUCCCAAGGAGGCCACGUACUCAGAAUCCAACAAGCCAAGCCCCAUGGGGGCUGGAGCCAGCACCACAGCCACGGUGGACGACGUGCUGUCCGCCCGGCCUGGCUCUGAGGCCCACCGACACCAGGAGAACGAUAAGUUCCUCCUGAGUACGGGCUCAGCCCAGCAGAACCAGAGUCAUAUCACCAUCUUGGAGGAUGAGCCACACAGCCGGGACGAGGCGCCACUGGUGACGCUGGCGGACUGGCAGGACGCGCUGGCCCGCCGCUGUGUCUGCGUCUCCAAUGUGCUGCGCAGCCUGUCCUUCGUGCCCAGCAACGACCUGGAGAUGUCCCGGCACCCGGGGCUGCUGCUCAUGCUGGGUCGCCUGCUGCUGCUGCACCACCGGCACCCCGAGCGCAGGCAAGCGCCGCUUACCUAUGAGAAGGACGAGGAUGGGGAGGACGGCGCCCACCCCAAGCUGGACCAGUGGUGGUGGGACUGCCUAGAGCUGCUGCGUGAGAACUGCCUGGUCACACUGGCCAACAUCUCUGGCCAGCUGGACCUCUCAGUCUACCCAGAGAGCAUCUGCCUGCCUUUGCUGGAUGGCCUGCUCCACUGGGCCGUGUGCCCAUCGGCCGAGGCCCAGGACCCCUUCCCCACUCUGGGCAUGAACGGCUCGCUCUCCCCCCAGAGACUGGUCCUCGAGACCCUCAGCAAGCUCAGCAUCCAGGACAACAACGUCGACCUCAUUCUGGCUACGCCGCCCUUCAGUCGGUUGGAGAAGCUCUACGGCUCGCUGGUGCGGCUGGUGGGUGAGCGCAAGGUGCCUGUGUGCCGUGAAAUGGCCGUUGUGCUCCUGGCCAAUCUGGCGCAGGGUGACAGCCUGGCGGCGCGCACCAUCGCCAUGCAGAAGGGCAGCGUGGGAAACCUGCUGGGCUUCCUGGAGGACAGCCUGGCAGCGGCGCAGUUCCAGCAGAGCCCCGGCGCGCUGCUCCAGAGCCAGGGCGCCCCCUUUGAGCCUAGCAGCGCGGACAUGAUGCGGCGGGCGGCACGAGCCCUGCACGCCAUGGCCCGGCUCGAGGAGAACCGCUCUGAGUUCACGCUGUACGAGUCGCGGCUGCUGGACUUGUCCGUAUCGCCGCUCAUGAACUCGCUGGUGUCGCAUGUCAUCUGUGACGUGCUCUUUCUGAUUGGCCAGUCGUGACCCCAGUGGAAGGGGUAGCUGGGGCUUCAGCCCUCUCAUUCCCCCCACCCCCCACUUUUACUGUCAUGUGUGAACGGAGACGGCUAUGAGCAGAACUGGCUUUAUUUUUUUUCCAUGUAUUAUUAUUUAUGCAAAACACCUCAAAUUCCAUUGAGAUCUCUCUGUCCCCGCUUCUCACUAAAGGAAGGAUUUCACAAAGUAGCUGUGGAUUCAGACCUGGAUGUUUAGAACAGGAAAGAUGAUUACUGUCUCAUAGUUUAAGUGAACGACUUGGAACCAGUAAUGUUGGCUUUGGGGAGCGAGCUGCCUAUUAGGAAGGACAUUUUUAAUAAAAUACAUAAAUAAAACCUGCAAAAACCAAACUGUUACCAAAGUUGCUGUCUCGUUUACAGUGAAUUUGGGGGAUAACUCCUACAGGCACUCCUGCAGGGGUCAUGGGGGGGGGGGGGAUUUAAGGUUCAUUAAUGGAGGCAGAACUGAUUCCUGGACUUUGUUGUGGUAUGAAUUCUGAAACUUGUAAGAUCUAUAUUCUGCCCCUCAGAAUCCAGGUAAUGGGUUGAGAGCAGAUGUGGUUGAAUGGGAGGCCUGUACAGAAGACUAUAAGACAUUUCUGUACUGUACACCCGCACAAGUGUAAGCAUACUGUAAUAACACUGUUCGACACUGAGAAACAUUGGCUCCAAGACAGAACUGUAGUUUAAAAAAAAUGUUUUUAGUUAACGUUGAUGAGAGAACAAGGCUUUCCUCCCCCCAAAGUAUUGUGAACCUACAACACCCUGACCUCUACUCUUCAUCCCUCAACUGUACGAACUGUCCCUUAUUAAAAAAAAAACACCUCUUAGGACUGGUUUUCAAACUUUAGAUGCAGUCCAGGCUGCAGUGUAUAUACAUUGUUGUACAUUACACUCUCGCUUUUUCUCACUUUCUGAAACUCUUCUCCCCCCUUUUUUCCUUUUGAUGAAUAAAAAAGGUUGCACAUAAGUCAAAGCCUUGCAUCACGCCCUGCCAUGUGCUAACUUGGGCCCUGCCCAUCCCCCAGUGCCCAGCGGGUGGACCGCUGUCCCACAGCCAGCUGCUUCCUCUGGGCGACGAGGCUCAACACCUUUUAGUUCCUCUCCAGACACAAGGAAAAAGUUUCAGCUCAUUAUUAAGAAACACAAUCCCCCCACCCAGUGAGAUAAAUUCUGCAUAUUUGUAUUACAGAUGAUGUAGCUAAAAACUUGAUGUAAAUUCCUUUUUCCUUUUUGGCUUAAUGAAUAUCAUUUAUUCAGUAUGAAAUCUUUAUACUAUAUGUUCCACGUGUUAAGAAUAAAUGUACAUUAAAUCUUCGUAAGACGUU